AUGGCGUCCGUCCGGCGGUUCGCCGUGGCCCUGAUCGCCUCCUUCCUCGCCGCGGCAGUGGGAGCCCAGCCGAUGGACCCUAAGAACCCCAUCUCGUCGGACCCCAACGUGAUCCCCGUAUACCCCCCUACCUACGUGACCUGCUACAACGACACCCAUGGGCAGCAAGGAUCGGAGCCCAAGUGCAACGUCCUCGCGCUCCAGUGCCCUCGCGGCUGCCGGGACACCUGCUACGUCCACUGCCCGUCCUGCAAGCUCGUCUGCCUGUGUGAGCUGACCGGCACGGAGUGCUACGACCCGCGCUUCGUGGGCGGCGACGGCAACAAGUUCCUAUUCCACGGCCGCCGGGACGCCGACUUCUGCCUGCUGUCGGACGCCAACCUGCACAUCAACGCGCACUUCAUCGGCAAGCGCAACAACGCGGGCGUGGCGCGUGACUUCACCUGGGUGCAGGCGCUGGGCAUCCGCUUCGGCGGGCACCGGCUGUACCUCGGAGUCCGGAGGACGGACACCUGGGACGACGCCGUGGACCGCCUGGCCAUCACCUUCGACGGCGCGCCCGUCCCGCUGGACGCCGUGGCCAGCGCCAGCUGGAGCCCCCCCACGUCGGCGGCGCCCGCGCUGUCCAUCUUCCGCACGGGCCCCGCCAACGGCGUGGUGGUGCGCCUGGACGGGGUGUUCCGGAUCGUGGCCAACGCUGUGCCGGUCACCGAGGAGGACUCGAGGGUCCACGGGUACGGCCUGCGCCCCGAGGUCGACGGCAGCCUCGCGCACCUCAACGUGGCGUUCAAGUUCUACGCCCUCAGCGCCGACGUGCACGGCGUGCUGGGCCAGACGUACCGCCUGGACUACGUCAGCGCCGCCGGGGUGGACGCCGGCGCUAGGGUCCCCGUCAUGGGCGGCGCCGCCAGGUACCAGGUGUCCGGCGGCAUCUUCGCCACGGACUGCGAGGUCGGGCGCUUCGCUGGUGACGACGACAACGGGCUCGCCGGGCCCGCUGUCGGCAUCAUCGCGGAGCCCACCGACGCGCUCUGCGGCAGCGGCAAGGUCACCACUGGCCUGGUGUGCAAGAAGUGA